AUGCCAUGCUGUGAGUUGAGUGGCUCAAAAGGUCUCGCGGUCGACGGUCCCGACGCAGGGGAGGGAAUUUAUCAAGUCCUUCGAGACGACGGCGAUCACCAAAAGAUCAGGAUCCUGACCCUGUUGCCAAGCAGCGACAAGAAAACGCAGAUCAAGUGUAGCCUCGAAAUCGUCUCUUUAAAGGACCACGCAUCCUACACGGCCUUAUCAUAUACUUGGGGCGAUUGGGUCGAUCGACGUGAGAUAUUUAUCGAUGGCCACCCUCUCUUGAUAACUGCGAAUCUCCACGAAGCUCUGAAGCGCUUUCGAAAGUCCCAAGAUUCUAUUAAGCUUUGGGUAGAUGCUAUUUGCAUCAACCAGAAGGAUUUGCCCGAACGAGACAGCCAAGUUCGAUUGAUGCGUGAGAUUUUUUGUCAAGCUGAACAAACAUGGCUUUGGCUUGGAAUAGAAGCAGAUGCGAGUGAAAAGGCUCUCAAUCUUAUUGAGCGCUUGUCGACAAUCUAC